AAGGUAAUUAAUCUCUAUGCUUCUCUCUCUGCAAUUACUCCUUGAGAGUAUCUCUCUUUAGAAUAUCGAGUAUUGUUGACUUGAGCGUCGGAGUGUUUUCCCCGAGGAAACAAGCUCGGGUUUUUUAGGUGUAGAAGCAGCUGAGGAUUUCAACAGUAUUGGACUGCAAAACUACCCAAACAUUUGGCGUCGUCUGUGGGAAAUUCGAACAAGAAGUUGUGUGACUUAACUUACUGAAAGACAAAAUGGUCCAUACUUUUACAGGAGAUCGCCCUCCAAGAAAUGGGAUGGAUGAACAGGAGGAUGCCUAAGUAUCUGAGCCCAGCGUGAAUGACUUUAGGCCAAUGCCAAUAAACCUUUUCGUCAGGGGAGCAGAGCAGGAUCACCUAAGCGAAACGGAUGAUGAUGAAAGAACACCAACGGGGUCAAUAGAACCUGCUCGGACAGCCGAGCUCAAAGAGAGAACCAGAAUUCUGGAAAUGGCAAUGGGUAAAAUCCUUGCCCGCCUGAUUCCGGACGACCCCCUGAUUCCUUUGUUGAACAAGGAUGCACAACCAGUUGCGGUUGUGGCAACUCGAAACUCCCCUGCUCUAAGCAACGUGGUGGUGCCGACCAGGCCAAGGGGAAGUGGGAAGUUGAAUAACGAACCCAGCUCGUCCAAGCAUAGUGAAGAAUUGAUGAGAAAAAACGCAGACCUUGAAAGGCAGCUGCGGGACGGAUUCAAGAUUCCCCAUCUAGAGACAUAUGAUGGCUCGGGUGACCCAGAUGAACAUCUGCACACCUAUCAAGCCAUCAUGAGAAUCCAAAAUGCCAAUGAUGCCAUUAUGUGCAAAGUGUUCCCAGCGACAUUGAAAUCAACAGCCAGGGGAUGGUAUCACAAGCUCCCCAGACAUUCUAUAGACUCAUACUCCCAGCUCGCCAAGCUAUUCUCCAACAAAUUCGCGAGCCAGAGAGAGAUCAAACGUACAGCAACCAAGCUAAUGCAAGUUAAUCAAAAGGAAGGGGAAUCUCUGAGGGACUACAUGCAGCGAUUCAACAAGGCCACUUUGGACAUUGAUAACGUCCCAGACACCAUUUGCCUGUUCGCCUUGCUACAUGGUUUGAAGCGUGGCCGGUUCCUGGAUGACCUCCUAGAAAACCCACCGAGGACUUGGAACAAAGUGAAUGACAGGUCGGCUAGCUUCAUAUUAUCAGAAGACUUCCAGUCGUCCAAGCGACGAGCUGACGAUAAGCAGAGCAAAAGCCAGGAACAGCCACCAAGAAGGGAAGAGAAGAAGAAACAGAAAGUCAGCGAGCAGUGGAGGAAGCCCGCUGACUUCCCCAAGUAUGCUAACUACAUUCCUUUAACCUUGCCCAGGUCCCAAAUCCUUGCGCAAAUACAAAACUGGGUUAGAAGACCCCCACCCCCACUGUAUGAGUCCCCAAGGGCGAACAAGAGCAAGCAUUGUGACUAUCAUCGUAUUUAUGGUCACAACACAGAAGACUACCAACAUCUGAAGGACGAGCUGGAAUUCCUAGCUCGCAAUGGGAAACUAGAAGGAUAUGUUCAGAAGCCCCACGCCCAGCAACCCACUCAAACUCAUUUUGUACAGGGGUAUGACCGACCUCAGGGGCAGAGGUACCAGCUCAGCGGGACACAGGAUAUAUAUCAGGACAAUCCAUAUCCUUCGGAGCAGGGCAGGGCGUACAGAGGGCGUCCGUUCAACAAGAGAGACAGGGGCAGAGGGCUGCUGUCUAGAACCAAAAAGAUAAGAAAGGGCGCCCGAGCUCGCAAGGCAUAUGUCCGACAGGUGAUGACUGUCAACAAAAACAGACCCCUGAAGCGGCCAUUUGAGGAAGCAGAAUGGGAAAAUACGCCUAUCACAUUCAGCCCGGCAGAUUACAAGCGAGCAGAAGGAGAGCCUGACAUUAUGAUGCCCCAUGUAGAUCCCUUUGUGGCAACGGUUCAUAUAGGCAAUCAUAAUGUCAAUAAGAAAUAUGAAGGGCCCAUAUACGGGUUUGAUAACCAGCCCAUCCAGGUCGAGGGAGUUAUUACUCUUCCUAUAUAUGUGGGCUCAGAACCGCGCUUCAGAAUGGCUUUCGUCACCUUCCUAGUCGUUAAGAUGGAAGCAGCUUUUAAUGCUAUAUUAGGAAGAGCCACCCUAUGCGAGCUGAAGGCUGUUAUCUCACAGCCCCAUCUCUGUAUGAAAUUCCCAACUCCUCAGAGGGUAGGAGUGUUGAAGGGGAAUCAGAAGAUGGCUAGAGCCUGUUAUCAAGACACGUUCAAGAAGGUCGAGCCCGCCGCAGCCCUGACAAGUGCUGGGGGUUGCAAGCCAACCCAGCUCGGUCAACAGAUAAUGAGCAUAUCAGACAUUGAGCAUCGACCUAAGGGCGUUGAGCAGAAGGUAGAGCCAGUAGAGCCAGUGGAGACGGUGUCUUUAAAUCCGGAUGUGCCAGAGAGAGUGGUGAAGAUUGGCACUAAGCUCACAGGGGAAGAGCGGGCGGAACUUUUGGAAUUUCUGAAGAAUAAUCAGGACGUGUUUGCGUGGACUACGAACGAAAUGCCCGGCAUUUCGGUGGAGUUGACAGUUCACAAGCUCAGCAUGGACCCCACCAAAAGGCCAGUGGUUCAAAAACGUCGCCUUUUUGGCCUCGAGAAGCAAGCUGCCAUUGAAGAAGAGAUACAAAAGUUGUUACAGGCAGGCUUCAUCAGAAGAGUUGAGUACUCUGAAUGGGUGUCCAACCCUAUGCUCGUCAAAAAGCCAAAUGGCAAGUGGAGGAUGUGUAUUGAUUUCACCAACCUCAAUGAUGCAUGUCCAAAAGACCCUCAUCCCUUGCCAAACGUCAAGAAGUUAGUAGAACGAGCAGCAAGACACGAACGGAUGAGUUUUCUUGACGCCAGCUUGGGUUACCACCAGGUCCAGCUGUUGCUAGACGACCAGGAAAAAACAGCUUUUUACGCUGGUGACGCAAUCUGCUGCUAUGUCAUGAUGCCGUUCGGCCUCAAAAAUGCUGGAGCAACAUACCAAAAGCUGGUGCAAAUCAUCUUUAAGCUCCAGAUCAGCAGAAACAUAGAAGUGUAUGUAGAUGACAUGAUAGUCACCAGCGUGCGAGCUGAGAAUCAUAUUGACGACCUGGAUGAAACAUUUCAAAACUUACGCCGAGCCCAAAUGAAGCUGAAUCCCUUGAAAUGCACGUUUACUGUGGAAUCAGGGAAAUUCUUAGGGUACGUGGUAUCCAAGAAAGGAAUCGAGGUAAAUCCAGAGAAGGUACAGGCCGUUCAGCAGAUGGAACCCCCUAAGACAGUAAAAGAUGUACAGCGUCUGACAGGUCGGGUAGCUGCGUUGCACAGGUUUAUAGCUAGAUCGGUAGAAAGGUGCCUUCCGUUCUUCAAAGCCCUGCGAGAGCCUAAAAACUUCCAGUGGACUGAGGAAUGUCAACAGGCAUUUGACGAGCUCAAACAAUAUUUGGCAUCUGCACCCCUACUGUCCAAGCCUGUCGAUGGGGAAUGUUUAUAUCUUUAUCUGGGGGUCACAAAAGAAGCAGUGAGUUCAGUGCUACUGAGGGAAGAGAACAAGAAUCAAAAGCCUAUCUGCUACGUGAGCAAGGUGUUACAAGGUGCCGAGCAGAACUACCCGCUAGCAAAAAAGGCUGUUUUUGCUUUGGUCUGCACAGCUCAAGCAAGAACCCUCUUGUCGCUCAUCGGAUGGAGUGUCGAGCUGAGUGAGUAUGACCUCAAAUUUCAGCCGCGCACGACUAUAAAAGGCCAAGCUGUGGCAGACUUCUUGGUUGAACGUGCCCCGGCGGCUGUUAAAGAAAAGGCACCUGAACACCCAAUUUGGAUUUUGUAUGUAGAUGGAGCUGCUAAUGUCGAAGGAUCGGAUGCUGGAGUUGUGUUACUGGGCCCUAAUGGUUUUAAAUCCGAGCAUGCGCUGAGGUUUAAUUUCCAAACAACCAAUAAUGCUGCAGAGUAUGAAGCCCUCAUUUACGGAUUGAAGCUGGCGUCCGAGCUGAAGGUACAAAGCAUUCAGGUCUUCAGCGACUCUCAGCUCGUUGUGGGCCAGGUGAAUGGUAGUUGCGACAUCAGGGAUCCCCAGCUCAGUCGUUAUGCCUCUGUGGUCAAAAGAUUGAAGUCGAUAUUUGCCCUUUUCCAAAUCGAUAAAAUACCAAGAGCAGAUAACCACCGAGCUGACGAGCUGUCAAAGUUGGCCUCCUCGCAGGACAUUAACCCUCAGAGAUCAAUAAUAGUCGAGCUUUACAAGCGAGCAACUUCAAUGCCGCUAUUACGUUGCCUUACUCCUUAUAAAGCUCAAUACGCCGUAAGAGAAGUUCAUGAAGGAGUAUGUGGCACGCACAUCAGCAGCAGAACUUUAGCUCGAAAACUCCUGAGGCACGGUUAUUACUGGCCCACUAUGGUCGAGGACGCACAGAACUAUGUCAAAAAGUGCCCGACCUGCCAGUUCAAUGCUAAUGAUAGUCACAUGCCAGGUAUCCAAGCUCGUUCUAUAGUUUGUGCUAACUUAGUGACUGUCUAUGAACUGAGCAUAAGUACCUUCCUUCAAACAGGGGAAAUGCUAUCAUCUCUUACGUCUCCCUGGCCCUUUACUCAAUGGGGUGUUGACUUGCUCGGCCCUUUCAUCAAAAGCAAAGGAGGCUGCACUUUCCUGGUCGUUGCAGUGGAUUACUUCACUAAGUGGAUAGAAGCUAAACCAUUAUCCACGACAACAGAAAGGAAAAUAGAAAAAUUCUUAUUCAAUUCCAUAUUGUGCAGGUAUUCUUUGUUCCGAGUAGCAGCACUGAGAUCGUUUUGUAACGACUAUGGCAUUGAGCUCACCUUAACAUCUGUGUACACUUCACAAUCCAAUGGGCAAGCCGAGUCUGCCAAUAAAAUCGUCUUGCGGGGACUCAAGACGCGUGUUUUGGUUGCACAUACUAAUUGGGUUGACGAGCUCAAUAAAGUGUUGUGGUCAUGUCGUACUACAGCCAGCUCGGCCACAGGCGAAACCCCGUUCAGCCUGGCAUACGGAGCUGAGGCCGUCAUCCCCGUCGAGGUCGGAUUGCCAUCCGGUAGAUCAGAUCGUCAUGACGAUCAGAACAAUGAACAACUCUUAAGAGAGAACCUAGACCUUGUGGAAGAAAUCAAGGAGAUGUCCCGAAUAAGAAACAUGGCACAUCAGAGUCGUGUUGCAAAAUUUUACAAUAAAAGAGUUCGAGCUCGCCAGUUUCAAGUCGGCGAUCUGGUCCUACGUAAAGCUGGGUUAACUAACACUUAUUCACACAUGGGCAAGCUCGCUCCUAAUUGGGAAGGCCCCUAUAUGGUUGUACAAGUUAAACGACCUGGCUCUUAUGUGUUAGCAGAUAUACAGAGACGUCAGUUGCCUUACAUUUGGAACAUACAGAAUCUUAGGAAAUUUUACAGUUAACCUAUAUACUAUUCUUUUAUUCAAGUUGUUAUUCGACAGUUGUAAACAAUG